UUGGCAGCGGGGAGGCCGCUUGACUGACGGGAGGAAGAGGGGCGGGGUUUUUGGAAGAGAGAGGAUUGCCCCUCGGCGGGGGGCUUCUCUUCACCAUCAUGAGCUUCCUGAUCGACUCCAGCAUCAUGGUCAUCUCUCAGGUUCUGUUCUUUGGAUUUGGAUGGCUGUUCUUCAUGCGCCAACUCUUCAAAGACUAUGAGGUCCGGCAGUACGUUGUACAGGUUGUCUUUUCAGUCACCUUUGCUUUUUCUUGCACCAUGUUUGAACUUAUUAUUUUUGAGAUUCUGGGGGUCUUAAAUAGCAGCUCACGGUAUUUUCAUUGGAAAUUGAACCUCUGUGUGAUUUUGCUUGUUCUGGUGUUCAUGGUUCCCUUUUACAUUGGCUACUUUGUUGUGAGCAACAUCCGAUUGUUGCACAGACACAGGCUGCUUUUUGCCUGUGUUGUCUGGUUAAUAUUUAUGUAUUUCUUCUGGAAACUCGGAGAUCCAUUUCCUAUCCUCAGUCCAAAACAUGGAAUUCUGUCUAUAGAACAGCUCAUCAGUCGGGUAGGAGUGAUUGGGGUGACCCUUAUGGCCCUGCUGUCUGGAUUUGGUGCAGUCAAUUGUCCAUAUACUUAUAUGUCUUAUUUUCUAAGGAAUGUGACAGAUGCAGAUAUUCUAGCUUUGGAACGCCGGCUUCUCCAAACCAUGGACAUGAUCAUUAGCAAGAAAAAAAGGAUAGCAAUGGUUCACAGAAACAUGUUCCAGAGAGGGGAAGUACACAACAAGCCUAGUGGUUUCUGGGGGAUGAUAAAAAGUGUUACAACAUCUGCAUCAGGCAGCGAAAACCUGUCACUUAUCCAGCAGGAGGUGGAUGCUCUGGAGGAGCUCAGUCGGCAACUUUUCCUGGAAACGGCUGACCUGCAUGCUACCAAGGAGAGAAUAGAAUAUUCGAAGACAUUCCAAGGGAAAUACUUCAACUUUCUGGGAUAUUUUUUCUCCAUCUACUGUGUUUGGAAAAUUUUUAUGGCAACAAUAAAUAUUGUAUUUGACAGAGUUGGGAAGACUGAUCCAGUUACAAGAGGGAUUGAGAUUACUGUGAAUUAUUUGGGGAUCCAGUUUGAUGUAAAAUUCUGGUCCCAGCAUAUUUCCUUUAUUCUUGUUGGAAUAAUUAUUGUCACUUCUAUUAGAGGCUUAUUGAUAACACUUACAAAGUUUUUCUAUGCUAUCUCAAGCAGCAAAUCUUCCAAUGUUAUUGUUUUGUUGCUGGCACAGAUCAUGGGGAUGUAUUUUGUGUCUUCAGUACUACUGAUUCGAAUGAGCAUGCCCCUAGAGUAUCGCACCAUCAUUACUGAAGUUCUAGGGGAAUUACAGUUUAAUUUCUACCACCGCUGGUUUGAUGUUAUAUUCCUUGUCAGUGCUCUCUCCAGUAUCCUCUUCCUAUACCUGGCGCAUAAGCAAGCUCCUGAAAAACAUAUGGCACCCUGAGCCUCUCUUAGUCCUUCAUUGCAUGGUGGACGAAAACGAUGUGUUUGGCAUAUUGCCAUCUUGUAGUGGCUGUUCCCAUGAUGGAUAAUCAGCUCCUUUGGUUAAGAUCAAAUGAUUUGUUGUGGGCAAAAAGAGACAAGACACAGCCCGCAAGAUGCAGCUCUUGGAAAACAAGCAUGUCCUUGUGGAGAGAAACUGUGAGAGGAAACAAAAGGAAUGCUUUCAGCAGGAAUGGGAGAAACUUUUCUAUAGUGUUUGGAUAAUGAAACUGGCAAUAUUGUCUUAAUCUGGAAAGUGGUGAUUCUGGAACCAAAUGCCUAAAUAAAUCAGAUUUUGUAAUAAUUCACA